AUGCAGGUCAUUGAGGAGACAGGAAACUCUGAACCGGCCUCGGAUGUCAUUAGCGCAGUGCAACAUAUCAGCGUCAGCACCAUCAUCGCCAAACACCAGCAGCAGUUGGAUGAAGUUGUGCAAGAUAUGUCAGGCCUAGAAAACAUCAUCCAUAGCAUCAGAGGUCUUCGCAAGCAACUCGCCAAAAAGCAGGGCAAGAUUAUCCAGUCCUUGAAUUUGCACAAGAGUGGCUUGCAGUCCCCAUCGACAGAAGAAGGUCACAUGCCGUUGACAAGAAUAUACCGACGAUGGACGGAGGUUGCUAUGGGCACACCUAGUUUAUGGUGCAGUCUGUACGCGACCGAUAUAGACUGUCAGCCGGCAGCUUUCUGCUAUGACAUAUGGCUCAAGCGAUCACAAGGACGUCCGCUGUCGCUGACACUCGACUGCCUCCCAAAUGAGAACGUCAAACUACGGAACCUUAUUCAGCCUUACAACACUCAAAUCUCACAUCUUUGCAUCUUGUUUGGCCUCGGCGCCACCACACCUGAACUUAUGUUACAAAACCUCCCAGCUCUUCAGGAACUAGACAUACACUGGCACAAACACAGUGCCGAUAUGGAAUUGACAGUUCUUCCACGAACCGUCUCCAGACUAUCCACCCUGCGCAGCCUCAAGGCAUCAGGAUGGUUCAGCUUAUCCUCUUCCAGUCCUGGAUGGACCCACCUGACAAGUGUCAGAGGAAUCACCAUAGUCGACCAAUGGAAUUUUCCACUUGCUCCAGUUAGCUCCCGACCUCGGUCGUUAGCGAUCACCCUAGAUGAUGAUGGUAUCCAAUAUGUCGCACAGGGCCCUUGGAGCCAUUCACACACGCGAGCCUUCAAUGUCUCAGUCCCUUGCCUGUUAUAUGCACUCACACUCCCCGGUUCACGCACACUUAGUCUUGAUCUCGUUAUUCUACGGUUUGGGGGUACUGUUCAACUCACAUGGCCUCACGAUGCGUUCAAAGCAUUUCUGGCACGGUCAGAUUGUCCCCUGGAUUGCCUGAAGUUCGACAGUGAUUUACCGCCAACCGAGGAGCAGAGAGCAGAACACGUUGCCCUCAGUCCUUCUCUGACAUUCAAGAACCGCCGUGGCGAGGUUAAAUCCAAAGAUAGCGACGAGGUUGAAUCCGAAGAUGCUGACGAGAUGUAAGAGCAGCAAGUCAUGUAUCAUCGCCGGUCCCAAAACCUGUUUACCUACUGUCUACUCUUAUCACCCGCACCGCCCCCCUUUCCCACCGCUGCUUGAAUCCACAACCCUCACGGAAUAAAGUUUGCAUCUCUUGCGGUCUUCGCUCCUUCUUUGGUGAUGAGGGCGGGAAUGGAGCAAAUGAAAUUGUACUUAGUCACUAGGGUGUGGAAGAUGUACGAGAGGUAAGGUAAGUGAUUUUUUAGACGGGAAGAUAUGAGGACGAUGCCGAGAUUGGGGAAGUACGUAUCGCAAGCGAAAUUC